AUGUUCAAUUUUACACUCUGUGAAUACGUAUCCGCUGUAAGACUAGAUCGUUCCUACUUAAGGAUUACCUCCCAAGAGUUUACAACUUUACCUCUGGACAUUGUUGUACAGGCAGUUUUAAGCUUAUUUGCUGUGAUGUGGGGCGUGCUAAAUGUAGCUGGUAAUUUACGUGAAAUACCAGCUGCUGCAGAACUUAACAACAUUCGCUGGGAAACACAGCGCAACCUGCCAUCUUUCUACACCUUCAACCAUAGAGGAAGAGCACUUGCAUUUAAUUAUAUACCUAGUGCAAGUAAAAGUGAAUUAGAUAAUCUAGAA